AGCUUCCGAGGAGCUGUACCGCAAGGCUUGGUGCUGGAACUAGGUGAAACUGUCCAGAUCCUAGAGAAAUGUGAAGGCUGGUACAGAGGUGUUUCCAUUAAGAAGCCCAAUGUAAAGGGGAUUUUUCCUGCAAACUAUAUUCACUUGAAAAAGGCAAUCGUCAGUAACAGAGGGCAAUAUGAAACAGUUGUUCCGCUUGAAGAUUCUGUUGUGACUGAAGUCACAGCAACACUACAGGAAUGGGCUGUGCUCUGGAAGCAACUGUAUGUGAAACAUAAGGUAGAUCUUUUCUACAAACUGCGCCAUGUGAUGAAUGAACUCAUUGACCUACGUAGACAGCUGCUGUCAGGUCACUUGACGCAGGAUCAGGUGCGAGAGGUCAAGAGACACCUCACAGUGAGGCUGGACUGGGGCAAUGAACAUUUGGGCCUAGAUUUAGUUCCUCGGAAGGACUUUGAGGUCGUGGAUUCAGAUCAGAUCAGUGUUUCAGAUCUUUAUAAAAUGAAACAGCAUCGUCAUGGGGAAGCUUGCCGUAUGCCAGUGCCUCAUCACUUCUUCCUUAGUCUAAAGAGCUUCACUUACAAUACAAUUGGAGAAGACACAGAUGUCUUUUUUUCUUUGUACGAUGUUCGAGAAGGCAAGCAGAUCAGUGAGAGGUUUAUGGUGAGGUUAAACAAGAACGGAGGCCCCAGGAAUCCAGAGAAGAUAGAUCGAAUGUGUGCACUUUUCACAGAUCUCAGCAGCAAGGACAUGAAGAGAGAUUUGUACAUAGUUGCCCAUGUGAUUCGAAUAGGUCGCAUGUUGCUAAAUGAUUCAAAAAAAGGGCCUCCUCAUUUACACUAUCGCCGCCCCUAUGGCUGUGCCGUAUUGAGUAUCAUGGAUGUACUUCAGUCGAUCUCUGAAAUAAAAGAAGAGAAGGAUUUUGUUCUCAAAGUUUACACGUGUAACAACGAAAAUGAAUGGUGCCAGAUCCAUGAAAAUAUUAUACGCAAGUCCAGCACCAAAUACACUGCACCCAGCUCAAACUAUGGACUUAUAAUAUCUCUUCAGCUUCUACGUGGUGACAUGGAGCAGAUACGAAGGGAAAACCCCAUGAUCUUUAACAGAGGUGUUUCUGUUACCAGGAAGCUGGGUUUUCCUGAUGUUAUAAUGCCAGGUGAUAUACGCAAUGACUUAUACCUAACCUUAGAAAAGGGAGACUUUGAAAGAGGUGGGAAAAGCGUGCAGAAAAACAUUGAAGUGACCAUGUAUGUGCUCUAUGCGGAUGGUGAAAUCUUGAAGGACUGCAUCAGCCUGGGCUCAGGAGAGCCAAGCAGGAGUGCAUACCACUCUUUUGUCCUUUACCACAACAACAGCCCUCGAUGGGGAGAAAUCAUCAAGUUGCCCAUCCCUAUAGACAGGUUCCGUGGGUCUCACCUCCGGUUUGAGUUCAGACAUUGCUCCACAAAAGACAAGGGAGAAAAGAAGCUCUUUGGUUUUGCAUUCACUCCAUUGAUGAGAGAUGAUGGCACUACCUUGUCGGAUGAUAUCCAUGAGCUUUAUGUUUAUAAGUGUGAUGAGAACAGCACAUUUAACAACCACGCACUGUACCUGGGGCUGCCUUGCUGCAAAGAGGACUACAAUGGCUGCCCCAACAUCCCUUCCAGCCUCAUUUUCCAGCGCAGCACCAAAGAGACCUUUUCAGUCUCCACACAGCUUUCUUCUACCAAACUGACCCAGAAUGUGGAUUUGCUUGCCCUGCUGAAAUGGAAAGCUUACCCAGAUCGUGUGAUGGAUAUUCUAGGAAGACUGAGACAUGUCAGUGGCGAGGAAAUUGUUAAGUUCCUACAAGAUAUUCUCGACACGUUGUUUGUAGUUUUGGAUGACAACACAGAAAAGUAUGGUCUGUUGGUCUUCCAGUCUUUGGUAUUCAUCAUAAAUCUGCUGCGUGACAGCAAGUAUUUUCAUUUUCGACCUGUGAUGGACACUUACAUUCAGAAGCACUUUGCAGGAGCACUGGCUUACAAAGAACUAAUCCGAUGUUUGAAGUGGUACAUGGACCGUUCGGCUGAGCUUGUACGCCAGGACCACAUCCAGGAAGCAAUGAGAGCCUUGGAAUAUCUUUUCAAGUUCAUUGUCCAAUCUCGGAUCCUUUACUCCAGAGCUACUUGUGGAAUGGAGGAAGAACAGUUCCGCUCCAGCAUCCAGGAGCUUUUCCAGUCCAUCAGAUUUGUGCUCAGCUUGGACAGCAGGAGCUCUGAGACUCUCAUCUUCACACAGGCUGCUUUGCUGAACUCCUUCCCCGCUAUCUUUGACGAGCUGUUGCAGAUGUUCACUGUGCAGGAAGUAGCAGAGUUCGUGAGGGGUACUCUGGGCAGCAUGCCCAGUACAGUACACAUCGGGCAAUCAAUGGAUGUUGUUAAGCUACAGUCCAUUGCACGCACGGUUGACAGCCGCCUGUUCUCUUUCUCAGAGUCCCGGCGCAUCCUGCUACCUGUAGUUCUUCACCACAUUCACCUUCACCUACGACAGCAGAAGGAGCUACUUAUCUGCUCUGGGAUCCUCAGUAGUAUCUUCUCCAUAAUCAAGACCAGCUCUUUGGAGGGAGAUGUCGUGGAGGAGGUUGAGAUGAUGGUGGAGAGCCUCCUGGACGUGCUUUUACAAACUCUGCUUACAAUCAUGAGUAAAUCGCAGUCUCAGGAGGCGGUAAGAGGGCAGCGUUGCCCGCAGUGCACAGCAGAAAUCACUGGAGAAUAUGUCUCCUGCCUUUUAUCUUUGCUUCGUCAGAUGUCAGACACUCAUUUCCAGCACCUGCUGGACAACUUCCAAAGCAAGGAUGAACUAAAGGAGUUCCUCCUGAAGAUUUUCUGUGUAUUUCGGAACCUGAUGAAAAUGAGUGUCUUUCCUCGAGACUGGAUGGUGAUGAGGUUGCUCACCAGCAAUAUCAUAGUUACAACAGUUCAGUACCUGUCUUCUGCACUGCAUAAGAAUUUCACAGAAACGGACUUCGACUUUAAAGUGUGGAACUCUUAUUUCAGCCUGGCAGUUCUGUUUAUAAACCAGCCAAGUCUCCAACUAGAAAAUGCCACACCAGCUAAGAGGAAGAAGAUUCUGGAUAAAUAUGGCGAUAUGAGAGUGAUGAUGGCAUAUGAGCUCUUCAGCAUGUGGCAGAACCUGGGUGAGCAUAAGAUUCACUUUAUUCCGGGAAUGAUUGGCCCCUUUCUUGGUGUUACACUUGUUCCACAACCAGAAGUCCGGAAUAUCAUGAUCCCUAUCUUCCAUGACAUGAUGGACUGGGAGCAGAGAAAGAAUGGAAACUUCAAACAGGUGGAAGCUGAGUUGAUCGAUAAGCUGGACAGCCUGGUAUCCGAAGGAAAAGGUGAUGAGAACUACAGGGAACUCUUCAGCCUGCUAACCCAGCUCUUUGGGCCUUAUCCCAGUUUGCUGGAGAAGAUUGAGCAGGAAACGUGGCGGGAGACUGGAAUCUCUUUUGUUACAUCAGUUACUCGUCUCAUGGAGCGUCUGCUUGACUAUAGGGACUGUAUGAAAGGAGAUGAAACAGAAAACAAGAAAAUUGGCUGCACUGUUAACCUUAUGAAUUUCUAUAAAUCCGAAAUUAACAAGGAAGAGAUGUACAUCCGCUAUAUCCACAAGCUGUGUGACAUGCACUUACAGGCUGAGAACUAUACAGAGGCUGCAUUUACUUUGCUUUUGUACUGUGAGUUGCUUCAGUGGGAGGACAGACCUCUGAGAGAGUUCCUGCAUUACCCAUCUCAGUCAGAGUGGCAACGUAAGGAAGGUCUGUGCCGUAAGAUUAUCCAUUACUUCAACAAAGGGAAGAGCUGGGAGUUUGGAAUCCCGCUGUGCAGAGAAUUGGCCAUACAGUAUGAAAGUCUCUAUGAUUAUCAGAGUCUCAGCUGGAUUCGGAAAAUGGAAGCUACCUAUUAUGAUAAUAUCAUGGAGCAGCAGCGCUUAGAACCUGAGUUUUUCAGAGUUGGUUUUUAUGGUCGGAAAUUCCCAUUUUUCCUGCGGAACAAAGAAUAUGUAUGUCGGGGCCACGACUACGAGAGGCUGGAGGCCUUCCAGCAAAGGAUGCUGAGCGAGUUCCCACAAGCCAUUGCAAUGCAGCAUCCAAACCACCCAGAUGACUCUAUAUUGCAGUGUGAUGCCCAGUAUUUACAGAUCUAUGCAGUGACUCCCAUCCCAGACAAUAUAGAUGUGCUGCAAAUGGACCGUGUCCCUGAUCGCAUAAAGAGCUUUUACCGAGUCAACAACAUCCGGAAAUUCCGCUAUGACAGGCCUUUCCACAAAGGCCCAAAGGACAAGGAGAAUGAAUUUAAGAGCUUGUGGAUUGAACGUACCACUCUGACCUUGACGCACAGUUUGCCUGGGAUCUCUCGAUGGUUUGAAGUGGAGAGAAGAGAACUGGUUGAAGUAAGUCCUUUGGAAAAUGCCAUUCAAGUGGUUGAGAACAAAAACCAGGAGCUGAGAACACUGAUAAGCCAGUACCAGCAUAAACAAAUGCAUGGUAACAUCAAUCUUCUCAGCAUGUGUCUGAAUGGAGUGAUUGAUGCAGCUGUUAAUGGGGGAAUUGCACGAUACCAGGAGGCCUUUUUUGAUAAAGAUUAUAUCACAAAGCACCCUGGAGAUGCAGAGAAGAUCACACAGCUCAAGGAACUCAUGCAGGAACAGGUACAUGUCUUAGGAGUGGGUCUGGCAGUCCAUGAGAAAUUUGUACACCCAGAAAUGCGUCCCCUGCAUAAGAAACUGAUAGACCAGUUUCAGAUGAUGCGAUCCAGUCUGUACCAUGAGUUACCUGGUUUGGAUAAGCUGAGUCCAGCCUGUUCUGGCACUAGUACACCACGCAGCAAUGUGCUGGUUUCACAUGGACCUAUGAGCCCAGAGAGCAUAAAGCUGGUGCAUCGACACAGCCCACUGAACUUGCUUGGUUCAGUCCGACACUCAUCAUCCUCUCUGUCAUCCCACACCUCCAGCGAAACAGGAAACCUGGUUAUCCUAACAGACAGUUCUGUGGGGGAGACUGCUGAGGAUAUGUACCACAUGCAGGCUAGCCCUUCCACCUCAAGCCUGAGCUCUACUCACUCGGCACCGUCCCAGAUGAUUAACUCUGCCCCUUCUAGUGCUCGAGUGCUGGUGAAAGGUGCUGGAUUGACAACACUGGAGGCUGAAGCCCUCUAUUUAUCCACAGAACAGAUACAGCAUGGGCGGCAGCCGUGCAAGCUUCCCCACGCUGCCCCCACCAAUGUGCCUCAUCUCUGUCCUGGAGGGACCACCUCUAGAGAUAAGUACCGCCACUCUCGGGAGAUGAUGAUGUUGCUGCCAACCCAUCGGGACCGACCUAGCAGUGCCAUGUAUCCCGCAGCUAUCAUGGAAAACGGACAGCCUCCGAAUUUCCAGCGCGCCUUGAUCCAGCAAAUGAUUGGACCGUGCAAACCUUGCAGUGAUCCCAACCUGUCUGUGGCUGAGAAAGCUGUGCCAGCAGCGCCCAGUAGCUGGAGCCUAGACAGCGGAACCAGAGAGGCCCUGCCAUUCCUGUCUGCCCACGUUGGGAGCAUCUUGGCCCCACCAGUACCUCCCCGAAGCCUGCCCCAUGGACACUACUCACUGCACUUUGAUGCCUUCCAUCACCAGCUCAGUGAUGCUCCUCCGGCACUGCCUGCACGAACGUUGCGCAAGUCCCCUCUUCAUCCUAUCCCUGCAUCACCCACCAGUCCGCAGUCUGGUCUAGAUGGAAGUAACUCCACUUUAUCCGGCAGUGCCAGCAGUGGUGUCUCUUCCUUGAGCGAGAGUAAUUUUGGACACUCUUCUGAACCACCUCCUCGCACGGACACCAUGGAUUCUGUCCCCAGCCAGGCCUGGAACACUGAUGAAGAUCUAGAGACACCCUACCUCCCUGUCAGGUACAGUCUCUCUGAGCCUGAUGUCCUAGAGUCACUCAAAUCCCAGCCAUGCCGAAGCCACUCUGCUCCAUCUGGAGUCAUUCCUCAGGACACCAUGGACCCUCCUGCUCUACCCCCCAAACCUUACCACUCUCGGCUGCCAAACAUGGAGAACGAGGAGGGGAUGAUAAUUGAAGAUGAUGACAAACACCGCCCAUUGCAUCGUAAAGUGUCCCAACCAGUGAGUGGAGGAAAGGAAGAGCAGGCCAGGGUAGCAUGGGAGCAUGGCAUCAGUGAGCAGUAG